AGCUCCACUCGAGUGAUGAGUAUCAUCCAGAAACCAAGGAAUUGCACUUCCAUCCUGGAAGAACUUUUUAAACCCAACUUAAGAAACGUGAGGUUCUAUGCUCUCCUAGGUAGGGUUGCAAAGGCUAUGGAAGCCACGCACGUCUUUCCAGGACUUGGCUCGUCAUGGGUCUCGAGACCUUCGGCAGCAUUCUUUUCCACUAGAGCUCCAAUCCAAGGAAGAAGCAGACCACUCGCGAUUCGCAUUGUUGGUCGUGCGAGCAGCAAUCGAGCGAGCAGCAACACGGGCAGUAGCAGCAGCAGCAGCAGUGGCGGCGGUGGCGGUGGCAAAUCCAAAUCCAAGAAUUUGAUCGAGAUGGAAGGAGCAGUGACCGAGUCGCUACCCAACGCCAUGUUCCGGGUGAGUCUAGACAAUGGGUGUGAGGUGCUGGCGCAUGUCUCGGGCAAGAUUCGUAAGAACUUCAUCCGGAUGCUUCCAGGGGACCGCGUCAAGAUCGAAUUGAGCCCCUACGAUCUCUCCAAGGGAAGGAUUACGUAUCGGCUUCGCGCGGACACCACACACCAGGAAACCAAUACCAGCUAGAACGACUGUUUGCUUGCUCCAAAGCUUGCAAAGAAUGAUCUUUGUUCUUCUUUUUCUCGAAAAUGCGUUGCGUAAUAAGUUUCUUGGCUCGAAAAA